CUGUGGGACCCUACCGACCAGAGCUGCCGGCUGCUGCCGGGUGGCCCAGGUCCUCGGAGGAACCCUACACACCAGGAUGCUUGCAGUGGUCCAGAACAAGGAGAUUUUCCAUGAGAUCUUUUUAAAUCACUUCAAGAAAAAAAAGACGGAGAUAGCAAAUUCAAUAACACAGUUAUUUCCUUUCCUCGAGAGACUCAGAGACCAUUCCUUCAUUACCAACAAAACCUAUAAUGAUUCUCAAGAAGCCUGUAGAAACUUGGUUGCUGUAAGAAGAGUGGUCCCCCACAUUCUCUGUGACCUGGAGAAGCAGUUUGACGGGUCACUCCUGCAAGCCCUAUUCCGCAAGGAGCACCUGAAGGAGCAUCCCGACUUAACACAGAAUCAAAGAAGCUUUGAAAAUGGUAAUCCAUUUGCACCGCUCUUUCAGGGUCGAGGUCUACUUUUCAUUCAUCAUGUCCCAGGCUCUGAACUGGGCAGUGUAUUAUAAUAGAUGAAUAAACUGACGUGGCCUCUG